AAAGAAUUGACUGGAGCUGGAUUGAGUUCAGAAGAGGGCAGGGGAUGAAUUCUCCUGGUUCUAUCCUACAUAUCAUCCUCAUUCUUCAUGCACUCGACCUUCAAGCCAUUCAAGGAUAUGGAGGUAUUAGAAGACGAGCCUGGGGAAAGGUUCACAUGCUACGCUCUGGAAAACGGGGGGAUGUUCCACCCAUUUCCAGACCCUUGAUUGGAUCUGAAUCUCUAGAACAGGGAAUUAUAAACAAGCAGACUCCCCAUCAUCCAGGUCUUCUCCAACUUCUUUAUCUCCUGAGGUUUCUAGAAGGAGCAGAGACACGUAAAAAAGAUGACACAGUGCUAUCUUCCAAUAUAUCUUUCUCCCCAAACGAAAACAUGAUCGCCUCUAAACCGAUCAGAUCACCAAAUACAAGAGGACUUUGGGGAAACAUGCAUAUGCUGAGAUCUGGUAGGUCUAAUCCUUCAAGUAUACAGAGCAUACAGGAGAAGAGGGAGAAAUCAACAGGACCCUGGGGAAACUAUCACAUGUUGAGAUCUGGAAGAUCGGCAGAAUUCCAAGAUGGCGGACACAUGAAAUCAGGACUCUGGGGUAACUACCACAUGCUGCGAUCAGGUAGAUCUCCACCAUCUCUUCAAGUUGAAGAUCCAGACAAGAAAACAGGACUUUGGGGUAACUAUCAUAUGCUCAGAUCUGGACGGUCAACGACUGAGGAUGAAAAAACAGGACUUUGGGGAAACUAUCACAUGCUGCGAUCUGGGAGGUCAAUGACGCCAGAAGACCAAGAGGAGAACAAAAUUGGCACUUGGGGAAACUACCAUAUGCUGAGAUCUGGAAGAUCAAUGUCAAAAAAGGAUCAAGAUAGAAAAAUGGGUCUCUGGGGUAACAUGCAUAUGCUGAGAUCUGGCCGCUCAGGCCAAGAAGUUGACCAGCCAGCUGAAGAUUUGUCAGGUCUAAAUCAAAAUCUUCCGACCCAUCAAGUUCAGAAACGCGGUGGACUCUGGGACUAUGGCCGACCUCGGUGGGGCGGAGGUCACAUGCUCAGAUCUGGCCGGUCAGACCACAGUAUGUUAGAGGUUGAACGAAUGGCAAACAAUCAAAAUAAUAAUGACAGAAAUAUUGAGUAAUUACAUAUUUGUGAUAUACUGUUGAAUCUAAUUCUUUGUCAAUACUGAUAUACAUAGACUUAUUUUAAGAUUAUAUGUUUAUAUCAGUAUUCACAAAGAAUUAUAUUUAUAUAUAAUUUAAUAAUAUAUAUAUAUAUUCAUAUAUAUAUUUGUCCUUUAUGAACUAGCUGAGAAGAUUGACAAGUUCUAGAUUGAGAAGCCCAAACUGAUGUAACCAAGUCUCAAGUAUCCUACAUAUCGUCCAUGUAAAACAUGUUAUUUAUUGAUUGUCACAAACCCAAUUUUUACUGCCUUAAUACAAAUAUAUUAUUUUUAGUUCAAAA